AUGUCGAAAACGGUCAAUAUCUCAUCGCCAGCGCAGUUCAACGAGCUGCUGCAGUCCUCCAAGCUCGUGGUUGCGGACUUCUAUGCCGACUGGUGUGCUCCUUGUAAACAGGUUGCUCCCGUCUUUGAGCAGCUCUCGCAGGCUCUCUCACGUCCCAACCUUGCAACCUUCGUGAAGAUCAACACCGACAACCAGAAGGACAUUGCGGCAGCUUAUAACGUCACAGCUUUGCCAACCUUCAUAUUCUUCCGCAACGGCAAAGUAGCCGAUAAAGUGCAAGGCGCAGACCCGGUCCGGCUCCAAUCCAUAGUCCAGAAGCUCAGCGAUGAGGUGCAAAAUCUCAGCAGCGGCGGCGGGGGUGAGGCAAGCGGCAGCGGUAGCAGCACCACAAACUGGCGAGGCGCCGAAUUGCCUCGCGGCUACACAGACAUCACAAAUCAGAUCGAACUGCAGCGCUGCGAGCUCCUGAACGUCGACCCAGACUUUGGGGGCGUGCGAGUGCUGUUUGACAGCGCGAAGCCCAGCGCACUUUCAGGCGGGAAGGGCACAGCAAAAGACUGGGUCGAGAGCGACACGGAUGAACAAGUGUUGUUAUUCAUGCCUUUCCAGUCGAUGCUGAAGUUGCACACUCUACAGAUUACGUCCUUGCCUCCUGACGAUGACGAAGAUGCGCCGAUGAGACCGCGUACCAUUAAGCUAUUCACCAAUAAGCCGCACAAUCUUGGGUUCGAUGAGGCCGAGGAUCUGAGUGCUACUCAGGAAAUCGUCCUCAGUGAGAGCGAUUGGAAUGCCGAGGGCACUGCCAACAUCGCCUUGCGGUACGUCAAGUUCCAGAACAUCACCAGCUUAGUGGUGUUCGUCGUGAACGGAGAUGGCGAGGGUGAAAAGGUGAGGCUGGAUCGGUUGCGGUUGAUUGGGGAGGCUGGUGAAAAGCGGGAGAUGGGUAAACUUGAGAAGAUUGGCGACGAGCCGGGAGAGUAG